UCUGAUCAAACAACUUGUCAAGAUCUAGAAAUGAUUUUAAAUUUACUCUCAUUUCCACAUCUGUGUAGUAAUCCAAACGUACAAAAGUGGGUGGGAACUGUCAAAGAAGGUUGAGUUAUCACAAUGCCUUGUACAUGUAUACAAUUUAUACAACAAAACAUUUUAAAAAAAAAACAUACUGUAUCAGUUGUGGCAAUGCAUGAGCAACAGGGUUCCACCAAACCAAACUCUUUGCUGCUGACUGACAUGAUAUUGCACAACCUUCAGAGCAUAUUUCCACAGCAAGCAUUCAUUUUCACAGAACUCUUUAGGCUGCAAAAGUAUUUGACAUUUGACAUUAAGUAGGGUUACUCACUGUUUAAUUUGCUCCUGAAACUUGGCAUCUUUUAGCCUUCACACAUGCAUCAAUAUCAGGUGUCAUAUCCUGAGUAGCAGCCAGUUUCAGCCGACACAAAUUUGUCCCUUAAAUCUGAAUCACACUGCAAGUCAAUGAUUUCAAGUUGGAUGUUGACUGGCAGUCUAGGCAUUGACUGUGAAUGGCGAGCAAAAAACCGUGAAAUCUGUCUUAAGUUGACCAAAAAUCUGAAACCGUUGCUCAAACUCCUGCAGCAGUCCUGUGAUCUUAUCUUUGUACCGAGUCAUGUUAACAUUAACUCUGGGCGCACACAUACAAGCAGGGUCACCACCUGAAAGUUGUGUCUCCCACAAAGUAAGCUUCAACUUGAACGCAUGUAUGCUGUCAUAAUACUGUGUGACAACUUUUUUGCGGCCUUGCAGUGUCUUCUUCAGAUUAUUCAAAUGCUCUGUAAUAUCCACGUAAUAUCCCGAUCAUUGAUGGCGCGCCAUCUGUAGCCAGGCUGACAGCACGGGCCCAGUCCACUCAGACCCUGUCUAGCACUCCGACAACAGUUGAAAAUGUCAUUUGCUGUUGUUGCAUCCAUCAUAGGCACCAACUCCAGGAACUCCUCGGUGACAGUCAAAGUCUCAUCAACACCAUGAAUGAAUAUGGCGAGUUGGGCAACAUCCGUAAUGUCCAUGCUCUCAUCAAUUGCAAUCGAAAAUGCAACAAACAACUUGACAUUGUGCUUCAGCUGACUGUCCAAAUCCACCGAAAGAUCUGAAAUCCAUCUGCCUCGGUGUUUCUUGUCAGACUAAUGUUAGCAAAACCCUGUUGGUCCUCAGGGCACAUGACCUCCACCACCUUCAGCAUGCAUGUUUUCAGGAACUCACCCUCACAGUACGGCUUUGUUUAUGUUGCUAUUUCGCUAGCAAUAAAGUAGCUGGCCCGCAAUGCUGCAUCACUGAUAUCUGGGCUAUGGGUAAAAACAGACUGCUGUUUCUUCAGACCCGCUAACAGUUCAUUUAUCCUCUCAGUUGCCCUCGCAAGCUGGUAUAAUUUUUGGCAUGAUGAGUCUCAUAGUGGCAUCAAAUAUUAUAUUCGUUUAGCGCUGAAACUUGCUGUGAACACACCAAACACACAGGUUUUCCAUUCACCUCUGCAAAUAAAUAGGAAAAGGUCCAUUUUUCGUGGUAAACUGUGCUCUCUGUGUCCACUUUCCUCUUUUUUGACAAAGCCAUUUUGGGUAAUGAGGGUGCGACAGAGAGUAAAGUUGACACCAAACAAGCAUGUAUGAACAAAGACAGGCCUUUCGCAGAACUCCCAGCUCCAGCAUGAACAGCGACUCCCAGUGGACACAUUUGAAAUAACAGUUACUUUUACUGAAAAAUUGCAGACUUUUCUGUUAUUUUUACACUUUGCAAAAAUCAUCUGGUGGGCCGGAUUAAACCCUGGCCCGCGGGCCGUGAGAUUGACACCCCUGGCCUACGUGACAUCCUUAAGGUGAGUGUAUCAUCUUAUUCUGUUCUAGUUAUCCCACAUUUAGGCAGUUAUUUAAUUAGGCCUAUGAUAUAGUGAACUUUUAACCUUUUGUGAUUUUACUGAAGGACAAAUGUCCAGAGAACACUACAGACACCUUCAGUAGUUCAGUCCGAGCAACAGCAACCUGCAAAUCAAUUCAAACUAGAUUCUGACCACUGAUAGGCUAUCGGUUCCCUUGGCAACUCGAUACAUACAGUGAGCGCUACUGUAACUCCACAGCUGCGUUCAGUGGCAUCAUUAAAGGCUGCAGCUCACACAGUCUAUGUACUCCCUCAGCUCAGAGUCCGACUCACAUGAUGCUAGACCAUCAGUGAGAGGCGCUGUCUCAAUGCGGGACAACAAGAUAUUGACGAGAACAGAAUAAGAUAAGACACUCACCUGAAGGACAUCAUGUAGUUCUUCUCCAGUUUCUGGAGAAGGUGCGCUUGAUUUACUUACCUAGCUGUCCAGGAAUGCUAUUAUUAAUUAGUAUUUCGUGCGCACAUUAUACCUACUUCGUGGCCACGAAUUAGUAUUUCGUGCGCACGUUAUAGCUAUACUGUGGCCACAGUUUAAAUUUCUUUUUGACCAUGUCAAAUCUGGGGCUCCGUACCUUUCUGUCUGCCUCUGACUGCACGACUCAGCCCCCCCCGCCUCCCCGACCCGCCACCAAUAACAAUCUGGUCCACACAUUUAGUCAACUCCCCUUCUCCCGCCUGUUCUCCUCCACGGUGCCUCUCCGGUGGUUCUGCAGUUCGGAGUCAGCAUCUGUCACUGUCCGACCCACAGCACCGGACUGCGCUCAGCCCGGCAGAGGAACAUGUUGCUGCAGAAACUGUUUGUUUGGAUCCUGUCAGUCCUGUGUGGCACUGAUGUGUGUUGGGGAUUUGUCUACGACCGGCCGAAGCGCUCAGGAGAGGACGGGACUUCAGCCAGGACAGAGUCUCGCUCUGCAUCUCACUACGUGCCGACCUCUGGCUCCUGUAGUAACAGGUGUUUUGAGCUGGUCGAGCCAGAGCCACCAAACUGCCGCUGCGACAACCUGUGUAAGACGUACAACGGCUGCUGCUCAGACUUUGAUCAGCUCUGCCUGAGGACAGAGGGAGGUUAUGAGUGCAGUAAAGAUAGGUGCGGGGAGCCUCGAAAUGAACAACAUGCCUGCCACUGCUCUGAUGACUGUCUGACCAGAGGAGAUUGCUGUACCAACUACAAGACUCUGUGUAAAGGAGACACUUUGUGGUUGCAGGAUGAGUGCGAGGAGAUCAAGACAGCUGAAUGUCCUGCUGGCUUUGUCCGCCCGCCUCUGAUCAUGCUCUCAGUAGAUGGAUUUAGAGCUUCUUAUGUGAAGAGAGGAAACACUGUCAUACCCAACAUCGAGAAACUGAGAACAUGUGGAACCCAUGCUCCAUACAUGAGGCCUGUUUAUCCCUCCAAAACUUUUCCCAACCUCUACUCACUGGCUACGGGUCUUUACCCAGAGUCUCAUGGGAUCAUUGGCAACUCCAUGUAUGACCCGGUGUUUAAUGCCACCUUCACCCUGAGAAGCAGAGAGAAACUCAAUCAUCGCUGGUGGGGAGGACAGCCAAUCUGGAUCACAGCAAUCAAACAGGGAGUGAAGGCUGCAUCCUUCUUCUGGCCUGUUUCUAUCCCAUUGGAGAGGCGGAUACUGACUAUGCUGCAGUGGCUCCACCUUCCUGAAGGAGAGAGGCCCUACAUUUACGCCAUGCAUUCUGAUCAACCAGACACAUAUGGACACAAAAUGGGGCCCAUGAGCACAGAGUUGAACAACCCACUGAGGGUAAUUGACAGGAUUGUUGGCCAUUUGAUGAAUGGACUUAAACAGAUGAAACUGCACCGCUGUGUCAACAUCAUCCUGGUGGGGGAUCAUGGUAUGGAGGAGGCCCACUGUGAUCGCACUGAGUUCCUCAGCAACUACUUGACCAACACUGAUGACAUCAUCCUCAUCCCUGGGUCUCUAGGCAGAAUACGUUCAAGAUACCCCAACAAUCCUAAUUAUGACCCCAAAGCUGUUGUUGCAAACCUAACAUGUAAGAGGGCAGACCAGCACUUUAAGCCAUACAUGAAGCAGCAUCUGCCUAAGAGGCUGCACUACGCCAACAACCGACGCAUUGAAGACAUUCACCUGCUGGUGGAGAGGAAGUGGCACAUUGCCAGGAAAGCUCCUGAAGGGAAGAGGCACUGUGGCUUCUCUGGUGACCAUGGGUAUGACAAUAAAAUUAACAGCAUGCAGACAAUUUUCUUGGGGUAUGGACCAACAUUUAAAUUCAGGACUAAAGUCCCUGCCUUUGAAAACAUUGAGCUUUACAAUGUCAUGUGUGAUCUUCUCGGUCUGAAACCAGUUCCCAAUAAUGGAACCCAUGGUAGUCUGAACCACCUGCUCAGAGCCCCUCCAUACAGACCCACCAUUCCAGAGGAGGUCUCCAAACCAACAGCCUUUGGGCUGGUUCCUGCAGUAACAGAUGACCUGGGCUGCAGCUGUGAUGACAAGUUGCGUGUAAAAAGUAGGGGCCAGAGAGGUUUGAAAGUGACCCUUGUACGAGGCUAUAACCUGGAGUCACUCUGGCUCUGUCUCUUACAGAACAAAGUGGAGGAGCUAAAUCAGCGACUGAGGCAAGCUAUGGAUGAUAACAAGAACUUGCCUCAUGGUCGACCUGCUGUCCUCUUCCGCACCAAAUACUCCAUCCUCCACCACAGAGACUACAUCAGUGGCUACAGUGAGGCUCUCUCUAUGCCUCUGUGGACAUCAUACACUGUCAGCAGACAGGUAGAAGUGUCUCCUCUGCCUGAAGCGCUGUCCAACUGUGUGAGACCUGAUUCCAGAGUCCCUCCAGCCUACAGUCAGUCCUGUACAAACUACAGAGCAGACAGACAGAUCACCUACGCCUUCCUCUACCCACCUCAAAUGUCCACAACUAUAGACAAAAAAUAUGAUGGUGUACUCAUCACCAACACCGUCCCCAUGUAUCCUGCAUUCAAGAGAAUAUGGGGCUAUUUCCAGAGAGUACUGCUGAAGAAAUAUGCCGCUGAGAGAAAUGGGGUGAAUGUUUUAAUUGGACCCAUAUUUGACUACGACUGUGAUGGUGUCAGGGACACAGCUGAGAAGAUAAAAGAGUAUGUAAGUGGAACAAUCCCCAUCCCAACACACUACUUCGUGGUCCUGACCAGCUGCCUAGACUUCACACAGGCUGCAGACUCAUGUAGAGGCCCACUCAGCAGCGCUGCCUUUAUCCUGCCACACAGACCCAGCAACGAUGAGAGCUGCAGUAACUCAGAGGAGGAGUCUCACUGGGUGGAGGACCUGAUGAAGAUGCACACGGCUCGAGUUAGAGAUGUGGAGAUCCUGACAGGCUUGGACAUGUACCGCAGAACCACACGGAGCUACGCUGAAAUCCUAUCGCUCAAGACCCACAUGCACACCUACGAGAGUGAGAUCUGAUCUUUGUUGGCUCCGUUUACAUUAUAUUACUGAUCUCUUACAACUGUGGUGGAUGUAUGUGACUUGCAUCAGCUUUACUUCUCAAUGGAAGCUAUGGCUGCUCUGCAGCUGCUUUGCAGUACUGAUGUUGUGGCCCUUUCACUGAGUAUUUAGUUUCAUCUCAUUCAUUUCAUCUGUUGAGAUACAGAACUAACAGCAACUAGCUGUGAUCCUGUCCACUUCUCUUUAUCAAACUGACAGAAGCCGCCAGAUCAGGAGUAGGAUCUUCUGCACAUACAGGACUAUUGUGCCAUUUGAAACACAGUGCUUAGUUUGUCUUCUUUUACUGUGCAGUUUUCACAAGCAGAAUUAUAUAUAUGUGAACGGCUACAAUUGAAUCCAUACUAGUUAUUAAGUAUCUUCAUAUGUUAAUAUCAUCGAGGCCAUUAAUUCCUCAUCAUUCCUGUAAGAUAUCAUAUGUUUCCUUUUAUUCAUUUUAUGAUUGAGCAGAAAAGUUUCAACCUAUUACUGGGCUGAUCGAGCCCUGUAAAACGGCCACCCUCCCUUCAACCCCCAUCCUCUGUGCAUUGCAUGUCCAAUACAACAUGCAGCAGACACAUGGGGGCUAGAUUAAUGUCCCCCAAGAAACCAACAGUAAUCCUAUGCUAGAAUAUUAAUUGAAACCAUUUUUUUUUUAAUAUUUUGAUUAAACAUGCCUUUACUUCUGAAAAUGCAUCAUGGUAGCACAAAAUAAAGUCUUCAAACAAGAUUUAUUUUUUUCCAUUUAGGGCCCCUCUGCAACGCUGGGCUACCAGCCAAAUGACAAUGCAGGACUGAUUUGUUGAUAGUACAUUUAGUGGUGCCCUUCAAAAAAAUUGACAAUACAUUGUUGGUCCCCUUGUCCUGUCUAUACAUAGUGUUUUACAUUCAUCACAUCACCUUAUAUUUAAAUUACUAUCUGCUACCAGCAAAGUUUGUUGUUUGUUAAGUACAUAACAACUCAAAUUAAUUUCUAGAAAGCAGUAUCCCAUGUGUGUGAAAAUGAUGAUGUUUUAAAGUUGUAAAAUAAUCUUGAACUGCACUACAAAGCUGUCAACAGAAUCUGUCCUGGUUAAAGGUGGCUCCAUGAGGUCAUGUUAUCAGUUUCCUACCUAGUCAGUUUUAUGUUAAGUUUACUCAUUACAUUCUGUCGGCAUUGAACAGUUUCUCUAUGCUCAGUGAUGAGGAGGAAAUUCUCUCUGUUUUUCCAAUGAAAUGAAAAUGCAGUGUUGUUGUCUGUGAAUGUACAGAGUGUGUGUGCAUGUACGUGUGUGUGUGUGUGUGCACGCGUUGAAUUUGAGAUAUUUUCUAUUUGUUUAAAUGUGUGUGUUGAGAUGUUGUCUUUCUGUUCUGGGCACAAUAACAUGUCAUUAAUCAUGAUUGAUUGUUUACUCCAAAACAUGUACUACCUGUGAGACUGACCUAUUUAUGCUUUAUGUACUAUUUCAUCACAAUAAACAAGUAUUUUUAUUAAAUCAAA